GAUGCUUGCAUCAGAUCCAUUUUUUACUUGUAAAUCGAUGAAACUUUAUCAGAAUCGCAAUAUUUUAGAAUAUAUUGCGUAUAAAGGCGAUGAUCCACAACGCGAAAUUGAAUAUAUGCCGUUGGAUUCGGAAUGGACGCUGCAAUUCUCUGAAGACGCGUGUUGAUAGGUUCGAGACUAAACCCUUAAAGAAGGUUUUUCCACCUUCGGAGAAGAAUUGCUUGCUAAGCUCAGCUUCAAGAAUCAAAUCAUGCUUGGCAAGGAAUUUUUCACCGAGUAUGGUGAAGCAAGUCUGUAUGAGAUUCAAGAAGUUGUUGGGAAAGGAAGCUAUGGUGUUGUUGCAGCUGCAGUUGAUACACACACUGGUGAAAAAGUCGCUAUAAAAAAGAUCAACGAUGUUUUUGAACAUGUUUCCGAUGCCACGCGUAUCCUUAGAGAAAUCAAACUCCUUCGUCUUCUUCGACACCCGGACAUUGUUGAAAUAAAACACAUCAUGCUUCCUCCAUGUAGAAGAGAAUUCAAAGACAUUUAUGUGGUUUUUGAGUUAAUGGAAUCUGAUCUUGAUGAAGUCAUCAAGGUUAAUGAUGACCUCACCCCUGAACAUCAUCAAUUCUUCUUGUAUCAACUCCUUCGAGCUUUAAAAUAUAUACAUACAGCUCAUGUGUUUCAUCGUGAUCUGAAACCCAAAAACAUCCUCGCAAAUGCAGACUGCAAAUUAAAGAUCUGUGAUUUUGGUUUAGCACGUGCAUCCUUUGAUGAUACCCCGUCAGCGAUUUUUUGGACUGACUACGUGGCCACUAGAUGGUAUCGUGCUCCUGAACUUUGUGGUUCAUUUUUCUCAAAAUAUACCCCUGCGAUUGAUAUAUGGAGCAUAGGGUGUAUAUUUGCUGAGAUGCUAACAGGGAAGCCAUUGUUUCCUGGGAGAAACGUUGUGCACCAAUUAGAUCUUGUUACUGAUUUGCUUGGUUCUCCUUCUGCUGAAAUAAUUGCUAGGAUAAGAAAUGAAAAGGCUAGAAGAUAUUUAAAUGGCCUUCCAAACAAGACAAAAGUUCCAUUUUCACAUAAAUUCCCAAAUGCUGAUCCAUUAGCACUUCGUUUACUUGAAAGAUUGCUUGCCUUUGACCCAGUUGACCGGAUAUCUGCUGAAGAGGCUUUAGCAGAUCCGUAUUUUUAUGGUUUAGCUAAUUUGGAAACUGAACCAUCAAAACAACCGAUUUCAAAACUUGAGUUUGAUUUUGAAAGGAGGAGAUUAACAAAGAAUGAUGUUAGAGAGCUGAUUUAUAGAGAGAUCCUAGAGUACCACCCCCAGAUGCUGCAAGAGUACCUCCAUGGCGAAGAACACAUAAGCUUCAUGUAUCCAAGUGGAAUCGAUCGAUUUAAGCAGCAGUUUGCGGAUCUUGAGGAGCAGGAGGGAAAGGAAGGAAGAAACUCUCCGCUUCGAAGGCAAUACACAUCAUUGCCGAGAGAGCGGAUCUGUGUGCCAAUAGAAGAAGCUGUUGAUGAAAUGAAUGAGUUUGAAAGGCGUACAAAUGCUUCAAUUGCAACAAGUCUAAGAAGCCCACCAAGGUCAUCAGAAAGGUCAAAAAAUGUUAAAAAAGAUUCACCUAAAAAUAUUCCAAACAGCAAUAAAAAUGCAAGAAGCUUGUCAAGAAGUAAUAGCAUUUGUAAUACUACACCCAAAUAUGUAGGACCCACCAACAAAAGUUGCAAGGAGACGUUUGAACAAGGAGAUGAGGUAAGCGGUGUUCUGUCACAGAAGCUGGCAGCAUUAAGUUCUUGAUUUGGGUGUUGAGAUGACUUUGGGAUUUGACUGAAUUUGACAUAAAUUUAAAUGUGUAGUAUUUAAUAUUGUAAGGUGAUGUACCUGAAUGCGUGUUAUAUGUUGAUCACUGACUUGAUUAUUUGUUAUUAUGAACACAUUAUAUGCUA